GAGGAGGAGGAAGAAGAAGAAAAGGUGGAUAUAUAUAAUUUCUUUUCUGCGGUAGCAUCCAGGGAUCAAAAGAGGUUUUGAUGGCCCUGGACAGCCAUAACCUCACCCGCCCUACUCAGAUCGGAUGGACUCGGUUAUCUUUACUCAGGAAGUAAGCAUAAACAGGUGGUCUAAUUUUGUCUCGCUGGGAAAUGUGAGGAGACGAGAACUCCGUGGGAUUAUGAUUGUAUUUUUAAAGUCUUAGGAAAAUGGGAGACCGCUGGCUGAUAUUCCUCUCCCAUCAGAUCAUGCAGUCCGAUAUAACCAGGCAUUUCCGAACAGGAGCUGGCACCGGUGUGGCUGUGUCGCUUGCGGGUUAGGAUAAAUUGUGUCCGAAGAACGGAAGUGUUCGUUUUGUUCUCUCUGCUCUGGAAAGGUUUAACGCAGGAUGGAAUUCAGAUUUUGGGGGUUCUGUUUUGUAGCAAAUUUAGAUGGCGGCCUGUAGAAGACCAGGGGCGACCUAGAAGAAGACGGGUGAAGGCCCUCGCCAUCCGAAGCAGAGGAGACCUGGGGGCUGUCUCCCAGCAUGGACCUUCAAGAAGAGAGCCUCGGGGGCUGAAGGCCGCGGGGCUCUUGCGUUUGGAGAUUAUUGAAUUCGUCGGUGAAAAUAAAAAUUAAAACAUGGACGGUCCUGUCAGGGUCCAAAGCUGUCAGAAGAAUCCUAGAGGAGGAGUGAAAAAGCAGAACUUGGGCGAACCUUCCCUCUCUCCAAUGACGCCGUUUUUGCAAAGUCAAAAACCGCUGUGCGCCGUCUCCGCAGAAGACUCGCCCAAAGAAGAUGAAAAUGUCAACGAGGUCACAUUUCUCUGUUUUGCUAAUGACUCAGCUGUGGCAGCCAAGGAAUUGGCAACCGUCUCUGUAGGCCUUCCAGAUGUUCUGAAAUCAGCCCAGUGGUGCAGUUUGCACGACCAGGAAGCUCUUCUGCUAAAGGAUGUGUGCAAACCGGCGGAGACGAGUCACGACUUCCGACAAAAGCGGAAUUGCGCGUCGCGAGUGCUGUGCGUGAUGAGGUUGUCUCCUUCGAUUCCGCGGCUGAGAGCGGAGACAGUCGUUGCUCUGCUGAGCAAGUACUCAGCUGCGAUCAGAUGCACGGAGGAAAGGCACGCCUUGCCGAAACCGGCGCCGGACUCCACCCACGCCGAGAACGAUGACACCAAUCAAUCCGUGUCCUCCAUUGAAGACGAUUUUGUGACGGCUUUAGAGCACUUGGAUGAGGAGGACCCGGCAAAGGCCGUCCAUACUGAGCCUGAGAAGAGUCCAGAGUCUUCUCCAAAGACGAGCUUUGCCCAUCAUCUCAAAUCUAAUGAUCAAAAGUCCUUCAUCAGUUCUCUGUAUCGGAGGCCAUCGGUCAAGUCAUCCAUCUCCUUGGUGAACAUCUUAGAACUUGAAGAACUGUCAUCUUCCGUAAGAAAUCCGGUCUCUGCUUCUCUUUCUGAUCCUUGGAUACAGAGAAGUUUUUUCAGGUCCCACGGUUCUUCGGAUCGCAGUGUUAAUUUUUUGCACAAAACCUUGUUCUCCUCCUCCCCUGCCGACUCGUCUGAGUCAGACUGCUCUAGUCCCAGCCCUGUCAUAUUCUUGGAUGAAGAAGGGUAUCAAAAAAGUUUGAAGGCAAAGCUUCAACUUCCUAAAAUCCCAGUAGGGAAAGAUGGGGUAGAGGAUUCCGACUCUGAAGUCAGCGAGUUUUUUGAUAGUUUUGACCAGUUUGAUGAACGUGAACAAACUUUGGAAGACGGUCCUAAAGGUUCUCGAGAUCCCACCGCCACAAGUCAUAUCUCACAGAAAAGCAUUGUUUCGUGUAAGAAGCCCUGCUCCACAACGUCAAUGAAUCCACAGAAGUUCAAGUGUGAUCGUCCAGUUCUCCCAGCCAAUGUAAGGAAGCCAACUCCACGCAAACUGGAAUACAACAAUCUGCUGGAUGUUCCAGAUUCUCCCCGCCUGAUCAAAAAUCCAGCCGAUGAUCACACGGCCUUGUUUAGCCCAAUCAGAUCUUCUGCUUUCAGUCCAUUAGGCACUUGCUUUCCCACAGAGUGCCUUUGUCGACUCAAUCGGGAUUCCUUUAGCCAAAACCACAACAUUGUCUAUCACACCUACUCGGAUUUUGCAAAUAAUAUUUCCUUUGAAAUUCUGGGUUCUGUGUGUAAUGCUAGACCACCUUCCUUGUGUAGAUGCACACAGGAGAUGAUCAGCCAGGGUAGGAUUGUCCCGGAAGAAGAGAAAGACCGGACGGCCAAAACCCAAAGAGAAAUAUCUAGAAAAGGACUGCAUAAGAAAGAUAAAUCCAAACACAAGUCUGGAGUGAUUAAAGACCACAUCCAGAAAUUUGCUUCGGAGCUGGUGGAAACAAGUUUUGGAAGUGCGUUUAAAGAUCUUCAGAAGGGCGUUUCUUCAUGUACCAACGCAUUGUGUCAGUUGGCUGCUAAGUUGACUUCUUCGGUCUUCCAGAUGGCCUUCUACGAGAUUGGGAGGCAGCAGGCUCUUUUGCUGAAAAAGAAAGCCCUAAAUGGUUUAGCAGGGUUUUUGGUGAGCCAAGCCGUCACAGGAGCUUUGAAAGAACUAUACUCCGUAAAGCAACAAAUGUUUACGAACACCGUUACCAAAUUUGCAGCAAACCUUGCCGAGGAACUGAUAUUUGAGGGGAUAAUGGAAGUUUGUCAGUUUUCACAUCCAGCGACGCCCACGGCAUCUCAUCAAGGCUCCUUCCAGUAUGACAAUACCGUCGUAUGGUCCUAUGCCGAGGACUUGUCUGAAUCCGUCAUCCAGGAUGCUUUUAUUGAGCUAUCACAGGUUGAUGUGAGCUUUACACCGCAAGCUGCAAUCAGCGUUUCCGUGGACAACGUACAAUAUGUCAGCACGGAAAGGGUGGUGGAGUUAACCCAGACAUCCAGUGGAUCUUCUGAACUUUGUGAGAAAGGACCAGUGGCCUUAAACCCUGCUUGGGAAUUCAGGAAGGAACACACUAUUAGUAGAGCCUUGUUCUACACAUCUGGCAUUGCAAGUUCAAUUCCGGUGCCCUUAGCCGGAAGCAUCCUUUCUCAGCACCAGAUUUUAUGGAAGGAAGCCAAAGUCAAGAAUCAAUCGGCAUCCGGGAGCACGCUCUCCUUCUACAAAGGGCCCACGGAAAUGUGUUGUGCCCCCAGAAAGAAUCAAAGUGAAGUAUCCUCACUUAGAAAUGUCUACCUGACCACUGGUUUCACACCGGAGAAGGAAUGCAAGCCACCCAACCAGUCUGAGGCCAACAAAUUUGCUGAAAUAUCAAGCAUCAAUAACUUUUCGGGAACGAUGGUCGAUAUGAUCGUGUCGGAAGCCUACGAAGCUGUCACUUCUUCCAGGCUUUCUAAAUCGGCAGAGCAGUACACCGGCGUGCUGCAAAUGAAGAAUGCUCCCUAUUUGCAGUGCAUUGGGAAAGACUCCUGCAAGAAUAUGUUUGCUAACUAUUUGACCAAACGGAUCAUAAAACAGUCUGUCGAUGAGACAAAAUCGACGUGUUCGGCUACUGGCGAAAAAUUAGCCUACUGCGUUGGUCUGGGAACCAAUGCAAGAAGCCGUAAGAAGGAAUCGCAGAGCGUAGGGAAACAAGGAGACAAUACAAAGAAUAUCCCGGUUAUCGUGGGUCAGCAGCAGAUGCCUUUAAACAACAUAUCGAAGUUUCAUAUCUCCACCGCUUCUCCGAAUCGGUGUUUGCUGUUGGGGUGUAAAGACGGUGUUCAGGAAAAAAAGAAACAGGCGUCUUGCAAACCAUCCCCAAGUACACUCUCUCCUGUCGUGUCAUUUGUCAAAUCUAAUGAGCAGGUGCCAGAUGUGGAGGACGGUUCAGCGAUACCGAUCAGUACUUUACUUGAAAAACAGAGCGUGUCUAAAGCCACAGGAGGUUCUGCGUUUGGUUGCGGAAUGUCUUUUUCAGAAAUAAAUAACUGUUCCGUGGUGCCUAAGUGUGAAGAUGCACUUCGGCUGGAAGAUAAAUUGAGUGUCGGAGAGAGAAAUCUUCUCGCAGUGACAGAAACACCGCCAUCUACGCCUUUAGUACCUUCUCAGGCAAGCUCGGAGUGGAGUUUAAGGACGUUAACAAAAAAGCUGAAAGGGGAAUUAGCGAAGGAGUUCGCACCUGCUACACCGCCUUCGACUCCUUACGUACCAGAAACAGAUGGAAUAUACUCUCCGGAAUGUGAAAACUUAGAAAAGGAAGAGUUUAUGCUGAAAUUAAUGCGGUCUCUUUCUGAAGAAGUGGAAAACAAGGAAGUUGAAGAACAAUCUGUCACAUUGAUAGAGCAAAUUCAACCAUUGGGACCGACAAUAGAUUAUGCUGAUCAUCUGGCAACUUGUAUCAUCUCUAUGGCAACCGAACAGGCCUCUUCACGUUUGCAAGAUAAAGCUACUCUGAAGAAUGGAUACUUUCAAGUGAGCACUGAAGACAAAAGAUGGGGGUAUUCCACGCUUAUUAACCUUCCAGAAAAACACACACACUCUUUGUGGAUUUAUGCUGGUGAAAUGGCUGGAAGAGUCAUCCGAGAAGCCAAGAAAAGGGUCAGCUCAAGGCAGUGUAAACUUCUGAGGCUCAGUCAGGUUAAUUACGAGGGCGAUUGCUUUCAUCUGAAAAGAAGUUAUCAUGAAUGUUGGUCGAAGGACAAAAGACAAAAGUCACGUGGUAGAGAACUGGACGGUUCUGUUCUUCCUGUACCCCUGAAUUCGGAAGCUUUGGGUCUUAACUCCAAGUAUCCGAGCUGCGAAAGUGUGACGGAUGAAUAUACUGAUCACAUCAUUCGGAUUUUGAAACAGGAAGGGGGACACGGUGAUCUCAUCAUGGACAAUUUUGCAAGCAGGCUCGCUUACAAAUCGGUGAGGUCUGGAAUACAGCAAGCUGCCAGGAAAUUCCGAGUGAAGUACAGUAGAAAAGUAGCUCCCGAAAAGAACUCCAGGCUAAAUGGUAAGCUUGAACUGUUUGAGGCAGCAAACCAGGAUGUAGAUCUAAAGAAUCAGAAGAACGGUAUGAUGCUUCAUCUUGCAAAGCAGCCUUGUAGGAGCAAGUGUCCCUUACAUGGAGCUGAAAGUUCAAAGUUGCUGGAUUUUUCGGAAUCUCUCGCUUGUCGCAUCACGUCGGAUGCCAGAAGGACAUUCACGUCCAUGACGAGUUUACCCAAAUCUUUGACGGAUUCUUGUUUGUACCAACCAUCCCGAGAUGAUAAAGUCACAGAUUUCAAAGCAACGUGGACUGAAAGACUGCCGUCUUCACAUUGCAAGCAGAAAUUGUAUCACAGCACUGAGAGUUUGAGGGACUCUACCUACCAAGAGAAUGUUUUGCAAGCCCUAGAUCAAUACGCAAAGAAGAUAGUAGACGACACUUUAGAAGUGAGUUUAGAAUCAGCUACUGGGCAAGCUCCCGAAGGCUGGACAAAUGGAGAGAGAUUAACCUGGGACAAAAAAAUGACUCCAUUUUCUAUAGCUGCCUGCAAACACUGCACUUUGAAAGAACGUCACUCCUGCACGGGAGGUUUGUCUCUGCAGCUAGCUGGACAUGAAUUUCCUUCUAAUGUUCGAUACGCUUCAGACGGGAGUGUAAACAUCACCUUGCCUAAAUCUCACGUGCUUCAUUUGGACAUUCCCCAAAUUCACGUCAAUAUGGACGAGAAGGUCAUAUUUGCUGAAAACCUGGCCCCUGUCAAUUUGGACCGAGCACGGAGGCAGCUGAGCAACACCAGUUUGACAGGAGAUAGCGGAAUCAGUCAGGAUGGAAUCAGCUUUGCCGAAAGUCUAACCACGGAAAUUAUGACUUCUUGCAUGACAAAUAUUGCUCCAGCCAUCAAUAUAAGCGCCAUGGAAACAGAGGGAGUGAAUUCUGCUGAAUCCAUGGUCAGCCAACAUACUGGAGAUGACAGCACCGGCAGCUGGUCCAACCUGAGUUUUGAUGAGGAACAUCCAGAUGAGAGCAGCAGCUUUCUCCACCUCAGCGAUAGUAAUGGUAACAGCAGUAGCUGGAGCAGUCUUGGUUUAGAAGGAGAUUUGUCCUUGCCAACAUCAGACAGUGAUGGAACAGAAGAGAAGGAGGAAGAGCUUAAAGAUUCCACAGAAGAGGUGAGGAAGAACCCCCAAGCCUUGGUCGUUGUGAAUGUGGAUGUGGGACCAUGCACGGUGGAUCCCCAGCUGAGAAUGACGCUGCAAUGGCUUAGUGCUUCCGAAGCAGGUGUGGCCGAGCUGCGUUUCCGUGAUGACACGCCGGGAGAGUUUGUUCUUCUUUCCAAGACAUUGCAGGAGAAAGGCUGGCGAGUGGGAGACCUCUUCGAGGCAGUUCUGAAAUAUUGCGAAGCCAUGGAGAAGUCUGCUGAUGGGGACAGAGCUCUGGAAAGCAAAACACUCUUUGUGUGGCUUCGGGAGUGUGUCUGAAUGGCCGGGAAAGUUUCUGCUUGCUUCAAUGCUGGAAUCCAUCUUGGAAAAAUGAAAAAAAAAAAAAAAGAGAGAGAGAAUGUGUGCUAACUAGCCAACGUAACAUAAUUUGCAUUGCGAGGAGUAUUAAGCUGGAAGUAAAUAUUAACCGUACUGUACUGUCAAGUGGCUUUGUGAAACUUGGUGUGCUUUUUAUCCUUGUGUGUAGGAUCAGAAUGAGUGACUCCGCCUGGCCUGCCCUCAUCCGUCGGCAGCUCUGCCCUGUUCGUUGUGGCCAUGAGGAGAUUUUUGCUUUCUAUAUUCGAAGGAGAAUUCCUGCCCAACUAGGGCAAGGAAUGACAUACCAUCUCAGUCUAGUUUCAUGUAUUUGUCUCUGUCAUUUGUCUUUGCCCUUUUUCCUUGCUUUUUUUCCCCUUGAAACAAACUGCAGGUCAAAAAUUAGUGUUCAGUGGGUCCAGCUACUGCCUUUUUCUGUGAGGGCCUCGUGGCCUACAGAUUUGAUCACUCAUUUCUUUGCUGCUUCUACCGACUUCAACCCAGUUCUGCUGAUGAGGCUGAAAAGAGGACCAAAUUACCUCAGAACUGAGGUAAAAGUAGAGGUCAGGGUCAAAAUGUAGAUUGUAUUACUUGCACCAUGAGACCGUAAUUCUUAAUAUUGGGAAUAUAUUAUGGUCUUCAACCACUCUUCAUUUGGGAAGGAAGCAUACUUGGUUUUUAUUGGUGCAGGUAAUAAAAUCUACACUUUGAUUUAAAAUAUUAUACGGAUGAAGAACAUACGUCUACAUUCCUCGUUCUCCGAUACAGCCGUCUUUCUCAAAUUGAGAACAUUGUAUCGGAGAAUGUGGAUUGUAGAUUUAUGCUCUUCAUCACUAUAAUAUUUUAAUACUUCCUUUAGAUACCAAAAUAUUAUAGUCCCUCCCGAUUACAUUUUUCUUCCAUUCUGUUAAGACACUAUCUUCAUAAAACAAAUAGCUGCAGAAAAGAGGACCAGAGUAGACCAGUAGCUAAAAAACUUGAGUCUGUCAAUCAUUGUGUUUUUGGUUUAUAAGGUGAUGUCAGGAAACAUAUUUAAUGUUGUGUCGUCAAAACAUUGUCCCAAAACCAAUGUUGUAGCUUUAUAGAUCUUUUUUCUUUUCUUUAUGCAACUGCCUUCAGUUAAAUUGGGAACACAGCAGAUAAGAUAAUGUUGGCAGAAGAUAAUGUUUCUCAACCUUGGCCAGUUGAAGAUGCGUGGACUUCAACUUCCAGAAUUGAGGUUGAAGUCCACCCAUCUUCAAGUGGCUAAGGUUGAGAAACGCUGACCUAAGACAUAUCAGCAUUGCAUAAUCAUUUCGGAGAAACGAACACACAUCUAGGAGAUUCCUCCAUUUUGUGAUGUGGAUCAAGUUGGGACUAGAUUGUACUGGAGGGAGUAGAGAAGAGGAAGCUAUGCCUUCUUGAGACCAUAUCACCGCAUCAUUCACGGAGGGGAGACCACCAUUUCAAGCUGGGGAACACUGCUGUGGGGUUACUGGUGCUCUCUAGAAAACAGGAAAUGUCUCCAUUUGCUUCUAGUAAGGGUAAAAAAGAGGAUGGAAUGGAAGACCUUGCCUUGACCAACUUGCCAUGGUCAACUCAUCACAGCCAACUCGUCAUGAUCAAUUCGUCUUUCUAACUCAUCAUGGCCAGCUCAUCACAGCCUAUUCACCUUGGCCAACUUGCUGUGGUCAACUCACCACAGUCAACUCACCAUGGCCAACUCGUCAAGAGAUAACCCGCUGCAGGACAAGUCAACAAUUCAAUUAUUUAAAAUAAUUUUAAAAAUAAUUUUUAAGUUUUGUCAUUCACAUGUUACUUUGUCCCUCCUAUCUUUAACGAUUCUAUGCCACUAUUUCUUCGAUAGGAGUGUAACUCUUGCCUGUGGAGAGUUAGCCAUGGCGGGUUGGCUGCAGUGAGUUGUCGUAGACCCAGCUGAGGAUGCUGAAAGGAAGCAGAAGCCUGUGAGCUACAUCAAUAUUAAACCUCUCUAGUCAACGGAGAGGAAGUGAGUAGCAGGUAGAAGGUGUGAAGAUUAAGGAGAUCUUCCAGGAUUCAUAAUUGAGAAAUAUGCCAAAAUACGUCUCUGAAUGCUGUUCUUGCGUUGUUUGCUGUACACGUUUCAGAUUUCCCUUGUAGAGAGCGCUGUCUUGUUUAGGAAUUGCAUAAUAUUCUGAAUUGCGCUUAGGUGUGUUUGUGUGCACGGGUGCACCUGUAAGUAUAAUGAAUGAAAAGCCAAGUGAAGAUUUUCCACCACUCUAAUGGUGAUGGGGGUUAGAAAAUGAACGCCAUUAGAUAACGAGAUGUGAAUGUCAAGUUGCACUAAAGUUGUUGUUUUAACAGUACCUUAAAAUAAAUUGUAUAUAAGCAGA